GCCAGUCCACUCACAACCUCCAACAUCCCAGCAUACACCGCGUUACGGUCUUCCGGGGAGAGAGGACCUCAUCAUACCAGAGAGGACACAAGAAACAGUCCAAGUGUUGACAUAGUGAGACUACCAGCUAGCCAGCAUGUCUGACGUUAUUGAGGAGAAGAUAAAGAACUACAGGACGGCUCCCUUCGACGCCCGCUUCCCCAACACCAACCAGACCCGCAACUGCUUUCAGAACUAUCUGGACUUCCACAGGUGCAACAAGGCUUUGUCAGACAAGGGCCAGGAUGUGGCUCCCUGUGACUGGUACCAGAGGGUCUACAAGAGUAUCUGUCCCAUGAGCUGGGUCGCCAAAUGGGACGACCAGAUAGAGGCUGGAAGCUUUCCCGGGAAGAUCUAGAAUGGCUGACCCCUGACCCUGACAGUUUUGACCUCAGGACAUUCUGUUAGCCACACCUUCAACUUUGACCCCUGUAGCGUGCCUAAGGACAUGUGUUGACCACGUACCACACCAUUCUAAAUGUUAUUAACAGUGUUACUAAUGUUUCUAAUGUUACAAACACUUAAUAAAAAUACGCACACGUUUUGAACCUGUC